UGUGCCAUAUUUUAGUUCAGUUUGCUAUAAUUCCAAUAGAAGCAACCCAAGCUAAAAUGAAACAAAAAGAAGGCGAACUCGUCAAGCAAUUUUAUAUUUUAUGGCGUAAAUAUUUCGAUUGGGCAUACCCGGUGCGCGACCAAUAUACGAUUUGGCAGUUUACAUUACCGUCAUGGCACGGCGUCAAAGCUGCCUUGGAAGGACUAUUGCCGAUGAUACUGUUUUUCUAUGUUCUCGCAGUCGCCAUCUCGAACUGGAUACACACCUUGAAGCAGAUUAAGUUUGUAUUAACAAUUCCGCAGCUGUCGGCGAUCUCCUGGCCCCAGACAAAUUGGAUUACCCCGAGCAAGAAUAUGCUGCAUAUGUUCUGGGCCGCUAAGGAGUUGGUCAUGUUUCUGGCAUGGAACUACCUUCUAUAUGGUCUUGUUUGGGACAAGCCGGAGCUCCUCUAUCGAUGGCAGCUAUUGUCCGGAAGUGUGCUUCUUGUCGAUAUUCUCUUUUUGACCCGUGCUCGCUGGGGACACGGCUAUGCCAUUUUGACCUGCUAUUUGGUGCCACUCUGGAAUAUCUACUGCGUUAACAGCGUGCGGAUUAGCACAGAGCAGUUCAUCUAUUCAACAACGAUGGCACUUAAUCGGACACAAGGCUUCUUUGGAUUUGAAAUUUUUGAGCACCUUUUGUACUUUGUACACACCUAAAAUUGUACGUUAAAUAUAAAGCUGUCGACCAAAA